AUGGCUGCAACUUCUUCAUGUGGGCGUGCCAGAGGCAAUGAUGGUCCCUCAAUCACCUUGAAGACCAAACUAGAGGUACCCUCGGCUCUGUUGAAAGCUCGAAUUCACCUCAAGGACGGCCUGGAUGCUGAAGCCUGGGGUGAGGGCGAUUGUGGAAACAAUCCACGUGGCUUUGAUUUUGCCAGCCGUUCUGUCUCCAUGGCUGGAGAUCGUGCGGGCUGUAUGGGACAAGCGGUCGAUUUGGUGAUGCUGAACACGGGCCAGCAACCGCUCCGAUUGCACGGCCGGUGGAUGGAGAUGGUUAACCGGGGUAAUCAGAUGCUAGCAGGGAUGGGAAUCGGAAGAAAGAAGGGAAAGAGGCUGAUAGGAGGUGCAAUGGCAGAGGUUGAGAAGGCGAAGCAGGAUGACGACGACUUGUCGGAAGUCGUUCGACCGAACGAUGGCAAGAAUUUGCUGUUGCCGCACCAAAAAUUUCGCCUGAUUUGGGACAUGGCAGGUCUCCUCCUGAUUUUGGUGGAUGCGGUCCUGCUUCCCCUGAGCUUAGCCUGGGAUGUCGGCAUAGAGCCGACCGACAACGUUGUAGGAACCUGGAUCAAUUGUUUCUCUUUCUUUCUAGCGCUGAUUUUCUGGAGCACCGACGUGCUGAUCCAGUUCAAUACGGGCUAUUAUCACAAUGGUCGCCUGGAGAUGUCACGGCGCCGCAUCGCUCAGCACUACACCCAAACCUGGCUGCUCUUCGACAUUUUGUUGAUCUCCUUGGAUGUGGCAACCGCGGUCUACCAAUUUGGGAUGUCGGAGAGUGGAGGAGCUUCGGUGCUCCGUAGCAUGCGGGCUCUGCGGGUGCUGCGGGCCUUUCGCUUGCUUCGGCUGUUGAAGAUGAGCCGUUUGAGUGCUGUCAUCGAAGAAGCGUCCAUCGCGGCAGGUCGCCAGUGGUUGGUGUUGGUGGUGGCCAUCGUGAACACUACUCUGACGAUUUUGGUUUGCGCCCAUGUCUUGGCUUGCUUUUGGUUUUGGAUCGGAAGGGAUCGCUUUGAAAAGCGGGAGAUCUCAUGGAUCGAGCUGUCGCAAGCGGAAAGCGUUUCAGGACCCAUUCAGUACAUGCACGCGCUGCAGUGGAUCCUAACGCCUCCAGCACCUUUAGUCGUGGCUGCUGAUAGCGGCUUGGAGCGAGCCUAUUGCAUCUUCCUUCAAGGCUGCACAGUAGUUGUCAUCGGUUCGUCCCUGUCAAAGAUCACAGGGACACUCACGGAGUUGAGGACCAUCAACUCAGAAGGGUCUCGUCGAAGACGAGAAGUGCGACAAUACUUGCAUGCACAGAAAGUCUCAAUGGAAUUGACAUCACGAAUCAUGUCAGAAGCCAAGAGCGAAGACCUGCGUUUCGUGGACUACAAAUUGGACCGUCAGUCUUCCGUGGCACUCGAUCCCAGUCUCUUGUCUCCUUCAUUGCGAAUAGAGCUUCAUGUGAGCCAACGCGGCCAUAUGCUGAAGCCUCAUCCACUGUUUGACUUGUUGAAUGAAAUUCAUCCAGAGGUCUUUGCCGCGAUCUGCGGAGCCGUGGAAAAGCAGGUCUUCGGAAAGAUGGAAAUGGUGUUUCAAGCACACUCCUGGGCAGAGUGCAUGUGGAUCACUGGCACGGGGAGAUUCUUAGUCGUCCCCAGUGAUGUAGGAUUUGACAUGGAUGACCUUACGAUAUCCAGAAGCGCUACAGUGGCUGAAGCAACACAGAGUUUCACAGGUUGCCACUGGUUCACGGAAGCUGCGCUCUUUGCCGAAGCCGUGACGCAUGAUUGCUCAUUGAGGGCGCUGACCUUCGCGGAAGCCUUCACUCUCAAGGGGGAGGAUCUGGCACGAACGCUCAUGAAUUCUCCCGACUGCACUGCGCUAUUCUGUGAGUACGGCAAGGAUUUGCUGGCGAAAAUCGCCAUUGAGAAGAGUAAGGACACAUGGAGCAGUGCCAAAGCGGAGGAGCGAUCCGGGGAUUUGGCGGGAUGCCGAAAUCGCCGGAGGAGCUGUCGAGAACUUGUUUGCAACAGACCCUUGGGCUGCAGGGAUCUGCAGGGACAAAGGAACUCCUAUUUCCAGGAGGUUCAUCCGGAUCCCAAGACGGUGUUGCACAAUGUCCACCUCUUCAAGGACGUGGUUUAUCUCCAAGCAUGGGCUACUGCAAGAGCGAGUGGCAUGGCGGAGAUGAAAAAGAUCUUGAAUGAUAGGUUCUGGACCCUGCAACGAAAAGGCAAGAGUUUGCUGUUUUCCCGCGGCGACUCCAACGCGAAAUCCGCUGUUGCAAAUUCAUCUGAGGACUUGCAGUUGGAGGCUGAAGUUCAGCAAGAAGAGGAAUACGUUGACAACACCUCCACGGUCAGCCCUGAGCAGUCGUACAAGAGGGCCAAAGAACAGCUGCAAGAUUUAGCUGAAGGACUUCUCAACAAGAAGGUGAAGGUGUCUGAAGUGGCCGGAUCCCUCUCAGACAGUAUCCCGGAGCUGAUGGAAAAGCGCGGCACUCACGAUGUCUUCGGUCAGGCGGAGACUGCCCAGAGUCGGAUCUUCCGAAAGAGGCGAAGAACCAAAAAGGCGGUGGAGAGGGAGAAGUCUGAGUCCUGCUGCAUCAGUCUGAUGGCACUCGUCGUUGGUUCCUACCAGGACUACACUGAACCUCAACCUCCACAGGCGCGACUCUCGGAGAAUCAAUGGAACCAGCUGCAAGAACUGGUCCAAUGGACACAACCAACGGCCUCGAUGAUCCGUGCUGCCCUGGUGCUCUUGGCCAUCCGGGCCUUGGGAAAAUCCAAACGCAUCCUGCAGCAGCUGCCACCCAACUACCAUCGACCCGAGACAGCGGUGAUUUUCUUGAUGAGGACCUAUCCGGAUGUGGUUCCUUCAGUGAAGUCUUUGGACGAAGAAGAGCUGGAACUGAUGUCUGAAGCGUUGGAAGUGCACAAGGACUUCAAUUUGGCUCAGAUGCUACAAGGAGAGAACGUGCCCGCCAGCGUCUUCCAGUUACAGGAAGUGAUCAAGCGCCUUGGUAUGGAAAUCUUCAGAUUUUACAUCCUCUUCCUCUUGGGCUUCAUGAGUGGCCUGGCAGGUGGCCAAGGUUCCAGGUUUAUGACGGCCAGGAAUGCCGGCUCGGUGAUUGCGGGCGUGACGACCUUGCUUCAUAUCCUGGACAGCAGCCCUCAAGCCAUCUAUUGGAGCUACAUCGAGCUGAGAGCGAGACAGCUGAACGGUAUCCCCUGCGGCAGUCCGGAGGACAUGGCAUUGGCGAGACUUGCUUGCCUGGCACGUGUGCAGGAUCAAAAGGGAUUCAAAUCCCUCCGGCAGAGCUGGGAACUCUUAUGGCUUCGCGAAAGAAAUACCUUGGUGCGUCACUUCCUUGCUGAUGGAAUUGAUGAGCACGCCUUUGUGUGCGAAUUUCUUCCAGAUUGUGUUGCCAAAGCACGUGACAAUCGACAUAUUGGACUUCCACUCCUGCUAGAGGUUUUGGUGAACCUCAUUGAACAUUUGCAGGGGGUGGAGAUCAAACUCAGCUCUGAGCAUCAGGGUGUCAAGAUGAUCAGUGUGAACCUUUCGGACAUGGCGGAGUUUAUUCCUAUCGUGCAGAACAGGUUCAUCUUCAGCACCUGCAUCUCCCGCAGCAAGAUCAAAAUGGAAGAUUCUCGAUGGUACUUGCAAAUGACCAGUGCGAACUGGUCUCGCACUCACGAGCCGGACAGUGACACGACAACAUUGGCCUAUGGUGUCAAGGAGCUUCUUCAAAGGCAGAAGUUCAUGCAAGUGACUGGGCCAGUUUUCUACAGUAAACGCAACCCAAGUGACUGGAAGAAAUGCUUCACUAAAAUGCUCAUCCCUCUUGUGCUGGACUAA